AUGGACCUUCACAAUCUUCUGCACCUGGACUGGUUUCGUCCUCCUCUUUGUGGGCAUCUGUUGGGUCAUCAGCCUUCCGCGGAAAGCCUGGGACCCGGCAACGUGAUGCGUUUGGAUGAAGGGUCGCAGCACAGUGGAGAACCAUUCGUCGGCGACGAGCCCCGAGUGAGACUUUGGUGUAGGCGACGCUGGUCCAGACCUGUGGCGGUGGUGAGAACCAAUAUGAAACAAUUAUAUAAUGUAUCCCAUGGAGAGAAACAAUUUACUGUAUAG